AAAGAAGGUUAUGAUUUUCAAGCAUACAAAUUUUCUGUAAUAUUUUAAAACUUCUUCAGUUUUCUAUACUAAUUCAAUAAAAAUCAAGUUUCGGGUGUCUUGGAUAGACUUGUAAUCAACGGAGACUGUAACCGUCUUGUGAAAUAUUUUCGACAUCAAAUUUUACGAUAUUUGGAGAUCAACUACGGUUUCCUGAUGUCCCCGAAUAGAUUGAGAGAGCCCAAUCCGGGUGCUACUUUCCAGAGCAUUGUUCGUUAUGUGAUGGAUCAUUCUCGGAUUACAGAGGAUAAAGCGCGAUACUUGACCAUCGAAGUACUCAAAGCUGGCAUGGCUAUGGGAAAAAUUAAAAGAACACCUGUUAGCACGUAUUUCCUGACGACUUCGAAACCACCACCUCUUGUUAACAGAAUACGUGAUCCACGAUUGAGCGACGACAGCGAAGAUACUCUCUCAGAUUUAAGCAAUUAGCCCUGUAUAUAUGUAAAAUGCCUAAACAUGUAAUGAGGAAGCUGAUUUUAUGUCAUUUAGUUUGGUGUAACUUAUGC